AUGGGCUGCUCCUGCUCCAAGCUCGACGGUUUGCCGGCCGUCGCUCUAUGUCGUGACCGCUGCAACUCACUGGAGGAGACGCUCCGCCGCAGCUACGCCUUAGCCGACGCUCACGCCGCUUAUCUGCUCUCUCUUAACACCGUCGGCCCAGCUCUCCGUAGAUUCUUCGACCAAGCCGUCGAGUCUCCGCCGGAUAUUGAAUCCGAAGCCGAAGAAUCGCCGGAUACGUCUUCGCCGGAAUCAUAUUCCUCGCCUCACUCCGUCGUCAGCAGCUCAGAUUCCGAUUUGCCUCCCAAAUUCGACUCGGAUUGCGAGGAAGAUGGAAACAGAGGUACGGACUGUGCUAAGCUCGAAGCCUUAAAUCGCAAUCAUGACCCGUUCUACUCCCGUAAUCACGAAUCCGUCACUGUAUCUCCGCCGCCUCCGCCGCCGCCCCCGCCUCCGCCGAGCAUUUACGCUUGGGAUUUUAUCAAUUUCUUCGAGAGCUACGAGUAUCCGUACAAUUCGAAUCCUAAGGAUUUGAAAGAUAGAGAGACCAUUCGUUGUUUUGAUGAAGAUACGUUGAUGAAGAAGAAGACUCAGAAAAAUGCUACUAUUCGCCGAAACGAAGGGAAGACUGGAACAGGGGAAGAGAAAUGUAUCCAAAAAAUCUCCGAGAAGAAAAAACUUAAAUCGGAGAAAAGCGGAAAGAGUGUUCCGAGGGAAUCAAAGGAUCAACAAGCUUCGUCCGAUUUCUCACAAGUCACAAAGCAAUUGGAGAAAAUGUUCAAGAAAGCUUCAGGAGCAGGGAAUGAUGUUUCGAAGAUGUUCGACACUUCGAGAUUCAGAUAUUACCAGAAAAACUCAGUUUAUCAAGCUUCUUCAAAUGUUCUCUACGUGAAGAAGAUGACUCCUUUGCAUCCCAAACCAGCGGAAGAUUUUGGAUCCAAUUUAAGUAAUCUUUCAUCUACUCUGAAGAAACUUUUCAUGUGGGAGAAGAAACUGUACCAAGAAGUAAAGGCAGAGGAGAAGCUCCGUACAUCUCACACGAAGUACUUCAAACAAUUGAGGAGAUUGGAACAGAAUAGUACAGAUCCAAGCAAAAUCGAAGCCAUUCGUUCUUCGAUUCAGUGUCUGUCUACGAGAAUAAGAGUCUCUAUCCAUAAGAUAGACAGCAUAUGUCUGAUGAUAAACAAGUUACGCGACGAAGAACUCUGGUCACAGAUGAAAGAACUGAUCCACAGGUUGUUUAAGAUGUGGAGCUGUAUGCUGGAGUGUCAUAGUAGACAAUCCCGAGUAAUCGCAGAGGCUAAGAAGCUUGAUAAGAUGACACUAAAAGAAAAUCUAGACAUAUCCCAGCUUGAGCUUGCCAUAGAAAUGAAACUGGAGUUGAGAAACUGGAGCCAAAGCCUUUCGAACUGGAUAGAUGCUAAGGCUCAGUACGUUAAGGCCUUGAACAGUUGGCUAAUGAGAUGUCUGAAGCAAGAACCUCAAGAACCAACGCCAGAUCUCUCUGAAGAGCCACCAGUGUUUGGUGCUAUCAACAGCUUGUCACAAACCCUUGAUGGAUCAGAUGUAGAGGAGGAGUUUACAGAUGCGGUUUACGCUGUCGUGAUGCACGUAAACCAUCAAGUUGAAAAACAGAGGAUGGAAUUGGAGGAGCAGAGGAAUGUUAAUGGCGGUGGUAAGGAUAGAGAAAGGAAACUUGUGAUGUUAGAGAAGGAAGAGCAGAAGAUGCAGAGGAAGAUGAAGACAGUGCCAUCUGUUGACGUAAUAGGGAGUUUUAAUCUGAAGUCGAACAUGGAACAGAUUUUCAAAUCUAUGGAGAAAUUAGCUACAAACUCGAAGCAGACUUAUGAGGGACUUGACUUGAUAUGCACGUAAUGUACCGUUUUGUUUUUUAGUUCUUAUAAUUACUUCUAUCUAUUUUUCUUUCGUGUUCUUUCAAGAAUUUUAUCAAGUUUGGGGAAAUGUUACAAUAAGAUUUUUAGCA